AUAAAACCGAAAUGGCGAUUGCCGUCUAGAAGUGAAUUUGGUUUAUUUUUCAUAUAUAAUUGUUUGAAAGAUGAAAGGAAAAAACCAGGGGAAAAGUGUAAAUACAAGCAGCAGCACUCAUAGCAGCAGCAGUACCAAGAUUGAUGACUGCCCCUUGAAGUUUCCAGAGCUUCAAUCAGUCGACCAUACUCGACUAUGUCCAAGGUACACAGCAGUUAUUGAGAGGAAAGAUGGGACAGAUAGUGUUUAUGUUGAGGAGGCAGACGGCCUACAGACUGACCUAGAAACACUAUUGGCUUCUGUUGGUAAACGAAUGCGGGUAUUGGAAACUGAGAUACAUGUACUGAGCAACUGGCAAGACAAGAAACCGGGCGAAAAGCAUGAUAAGAAAUCCAUUGGCAAAGUUGUACAUGAACCUAUUCCGCAAAAGAGGGGAAAAGGUGCCCAACAAGAAGACAAGCCAAACAAAAAGAUGAAGUUAGAGAGCACUCCUAGUGGUAGUCGAGGAAAAUCCCAUGAGACUACGAAGUCGAAAGGCAAGAAUGCAACAAUCAUCAAGCAAGAGUUACCAGCUGUAGAGUCACCGGCCCCAGAUUCAGCAGUGGCUGCUCCACUGAGAUUCAACAAGAACGAUGCACCAAACCGCUUCUGGCAGUUCAUCGAACCGUACUGUGCAAAUAUUACCAACGAUGACUUGAAAGUUCUAGAAGACAUUUUGAAAUCUCGGGAAGAUGACUCUGAAUUUUAUAAAAUUCCCCCCCUCGGGAAGCAUUACUCUCAGAAGUGGGCGCAAGAGGAUCUCAUGGAGGAACAGUGUGAAGGUUCUAAGAUCACUGAAAGAAAACGCAGCAGUGCAGGGACUGCAAACGGACACGAUGCCAGUACCCUGCUGCGGAGAUAUGACGCAAGUGAACCCCUGGAAGACAACUCUCCAUUUGGUCCACUGACACAACGACUCGUCUCCGCAUUGAUUGAAGAGAACAUCAUGACGCCUGUGGAUGAUGCAUCGAUGACCGAGGUCACUGGAAAAGAUCCUCAAGAAUUCAAUGCAAGCAUGUCCCCAAGAACCUUGGCAAAACAAUUGAAUAUUGGCAACACAUUUACUCUUGAGCGGCGGAUAAAAAAAGAACUGGAAGAACAGGGUAUUCUCGAAUGUGAGGACAAAAAUGAAGACAACCCAGAUGACGAGGUCUUAAUGGAACUCAAACGCAAAAUGGCCGAACUGAAGUCACUGAGCGCUCACAAUGUCGUGAUGACCAAACGUCUGCAUAAACUUGCAAAGGAGGAGAUGGCACGGCAAGAAAUGAAGAAGAAAAUGGCAGCAGCAGAUGCAGAGGUCAUGGAUGCAUUUAGAAGAAUUGGCGCAUCGAAGAGUAAGAAAAAGACACCAACUAAGAAAGAGAAGGAAUCGGCUAUGAAAGCAUUGAAGGAAAGGACCACAAUUGUUAAACAGUUGGAGUUAAUGUGAAAAGACUGAACGAGUAGACAUUUCCUGCCACAACCUCACAAACGAUGAGUUUACAUUUUGUCAGAAUGCAUGAUUCAUAAGUGUCAUGAGCAGCUAACUAAAUCUGUGGACUUUCCGUAGGUUCCUUCCAGAAAAAUGGCAUCUUUCAAAGUCUGACAUUCUAAUGUCAUGCAUUGGUUUGAAUGAAGAGCAUGAGGAAGGCACUGACAUGAUUAAGAAAGCAAUGUAUUUGUCGUAAGUGCAGCUGCAUACAAUGUACUAUACAAUGUACACUCGAAAGUAUACUUAAAAGCAAUAGGUUUUUGACAGGGGGAUGGCACUGGAUGUACACGUACAUGUUGAUGCAUGACAGAAUUGAACACUGAGUUGUCUUAUUGCUGCUUCAUGUGUGUCUUUCAGAUAAUCAUACAUGUAUUCCCAGCUCUGGCUGGUGGAAGUGACUUGUAAAUCAUUGAUUCCUUAUACCAAGGAAUGCAAAAGGUCAUGCACUGGGUGUGACUGGAUUAUCUGAUGGACUUGAAUGUCCUUCAUAGUCGCAUGAAUGGGAGAUACCUUUUGCUUACUGCCCUGUCAAAGUUUGAUGUUAUGUACAUGUCAUGAUGUAUGGGUUCAGAAUGUCAAAAUAAAUAUUUAUACCAAAGUAA